AUGAAGGUUGUUAGCGUAAGGCCCAAUCAGAAAAAAAACUUUCAUAUACAAAACUUCGUUGGAAAACAUUUGCUCGUCUGUUUCAGUGUCGUAGCCGGUCUCGCUGUAGUCAAUAUCUUCUUUUAUCUUUUCAAUUCGAUUUUCGUCUUGAUAGAUACUUUCGAUUCGCCAUGGUCAAGGAGAUUCAAAAUACAACAGGAUAAAACGCCAUCAUUCUCGAAAUAUGUUGAAGCCGUAAGGUUAGUGCUGUUCAACCAGAUUGUCACAGGGGUGAUCUUAUGUGUAUGUUUGUUAUUGUUCACUUUCCAAUUGUUUAGGCUUUUCCAUCAUCCGAAAAUCUACAAGCAUGUACACAAAAUUCACCACGAAUGGACAGCACCUGUUUCGAUCACAAGCAUCUACUGCCAUCCCAUUGAACACGCGUUUUCGAAUCUGAUGCCGGUACUUCUCGGCCCUACUCUAUGCGGUUCACACAUAACUACGCUAUGGAUCUGGGCAUGUAUAGCCGUUAUAUCGACGACGUUUUCUCACUCCGGCUACCAUUUUCCAAUGUCUCCGUCCCCAGAAGCACACGACUACCAUCACAGAGUGUGCGUCAAAAAUAUUCAACACCUUCACUUGGCAUGGGAGCUCCUAAAUGUUAGAAGUUAA